AAAAAAAAAACAAUUUUUGUAAGUUUUAUAAUUGUGCAACAAGAAACGCUGUUGGCAGUAUAAUUAAAAAGAAAGGAGUCCAAAAGGGCCUGAUCUCAGAGAACAAAAUAUUCAAAAUGAAAAGAUUUUGUAAUUUGUUGAUGAAGCUUAACGAAAGCUCUUUUCUUACUUAUUCGAUAUUCCUCUUGGGCUACACUCCAAACCCAAGUCAGCUACUCAUAUCAAUGAUAGCGUUACCACGAUGUCAACUUUCUACUAAGUUCUAUCGCCGCAACAAAAAUAAACGUUGGAUGUGACCGCGUCCGUUUGCAGUCACCGCGAAGGUCCAGGUUUAGAUUGAAAAAUUAAAAAUAAACAGAGUUUUGUUGACGAGGUUAACCUCAGCUGUGACAACCAGACGAACGCUUAAUUACAUUUGGUUUAUUAUCUCUCGUGUUUUUCUGCGAAUGACGUGACUUGUGUACGGUCAAUUUCUUACGACUUUUCUACUAUUUGUGUAACACUUAACUAACGACGACCUUUCUUACGUGAACCAGUUACGUAUUUAGUUUACGUAGGUUGAACAUAAACUCCAGUCAAAUAACUCUCUCGAACAACUUGCACUCAGACAAUUACACACAACAUCAGAGGCUGUACAACUCGCAGCUUCGCUGUUUUCAACUUGGAACUGUGUCAUAUAUUUUGGCUUAAAGAAUAAAUUCAUCUUUCUUUUGUUUAUAAAUAACCUGUACCGGAACAAAUAUACGGCACACCGUCUGAGCCGAAGGUGCGAAUCGAUGCGCGAGCGCCUAAAGCUCAGCCGCGAAGCGUCGCGUCGUUAGUCGCCUUGCACAGUCCGCACAGAGCACACGCGCCCACACGCGCACGCGAACCUCUCGCCGCUACGAUCGCGAUUACCAAACAAAAAUAAACUUAGCUUUCGAUAUUGAACAAGUAAAUAUGCCCGCCGCUUGAACAAAUCAAGAUGUCGUUUUGUAGAAUCACAGGCCGCAGUAGGGGGCUGCCGAAGCCUAAUUAUUUUCCGCUUUUGGCCCCUAUAUCACCAGCGGACGCUAAACGAUGCUGCAGGAUCACCGGAAAGUCUUACGGGCUGCCUUCACACCACUACAUUCCAGUACUACUCACCGCCCGCUCGUCGAAGGCAAAAUGUAAAAUAACAAACGUAUCCGGCGAACUCGGACCGCAUCAUUAUUCACCUGAGAUUAAUUAUGGCAACAGAAAACACGAAAUCCUUCCUGACUACAGAUAUAUAUUCCCCGUACUCGACGGGUCAACGGAAGCGCAGAAAAGUUUGUUGGAACUGUUAUUAGGUAAACAAGUGACCGAAGACAAGCGUUAUGUGUAUACAGUGCAGGAGCGGAGGUGCAGCUUGGUGUUCUCCGCGCAAAUGGAAGCGGCAGUGCGAGAUGGUGACGUCAGAGACGUCAUGCUGGCUAAGGAUUCUGAUACAGUGUUAAUCAAAACAAAACAUGGUCGUAGUGUCUCUAUGGACUUCAAGGAUUUUACUGAAGAUGUUGAAAUGUAUGAAGGUGAAGGACCUAAUGCUGAGGUAUUGAAACAAAGGGAAAUGGAGGAGCUAGAAGAGAAAAAGAAGAAGAGAAAGCGAGCUGCUGGAUUAUCUUCUAUGAAGAAAAUAUUUGAGAAAAAGGAAAAGUUGGCAGAAGUGCAAGAGUUGGAAGAAGAAAAACAUCGUUUAGAGCGAAAAGCGAAAAAAGCUAAAUUCGAAGAGGUGAAGCAUGAUGUCAAAUCCUUCAGCUACAAUAGCUUUGAUGCUCAUCAUAUGCGAUCAAAGUCUAGUAUUAUUACGUGCUCCAGCGAAUGGCGGGAACAAAUGCAUCCACUUAUAGAGACGUGGGACAGCGAAACGUUUGAAAAAGAUGUAACUGACGACCGUAUCGCACCUAAGGCAACUAAAUUACCGACGCCGGUAAAAAUAACUCCGCACCACUGCGAGGCGGAAAUAUACGAAGUCGACCGUAACGUUGGCGAAGUGUCUGUACCUUUAGAGAAUGUACCGUGUGUUAACCCAUUAAAACCGAUGAAAACACGUCCAUCUGAAACGUUAUUAAGUGCUGUCAAGGAAAUAUCUAACGAGCGUUUAAUUGAAACGGCAGACAUUAUCGAAAAAUUUGUGGAAAGUGAUAAAGUUGAUUUGCUGCCAACAAUAGCAGAUCUCUCAGAAGUUGUGAAAAAUAUCAAAAAAGGCAAAAGGGAAAAAGUGGCGAAAAUAUCGGGACUUACAUUAGAUAUAAACAAAGCGAAAAAGUUUAUUCCUGGUCAAGUUGUGAACACGCCACAAGGUCCUAUAUUUGUCCCAGGUCAAACCGUGGAUACACCCACUGGACCUGUCUUUGUACCCGGCUUAAGUGUAAAUACUCCUGCAGGACCAGGUUUAAUUCCCGGACAUGUCGUUACGAACGAAAAUACAAAUGAACCGUUUUUCCUCGCUGGCCAAGUACUACAGACAUCAAAUGGUGAAGAAUUUGUUUGUGGACAAACAAUUAAAAACAAGGAUGAUACUUACCGCUUUGCUGAAGGACAAACAGUCUUGUCCGAAGAAGGUCUUAAAUUUAUACCUGGAAAAAUUAUAAACACAGGAGCUGAAGAAGUUUUUGUGCCUGGUCAAACGCUUCUUACACCAGAGGGAGUACAAUUCGUCCCUGGACAAACAAUAACAGAAAAUAGCGGCAUUACUUUUACUCCCGGGCAAAAUGCGAAGAUCAACAAUGAGUGGCAGUUUGUCCCUGGACAAGUUUUACAUCAAGAUGACGAGCUGCAUUUUGUACCUGGCGCUACAAUUGCCACUCCAAAUGGUCUCAAGUUUGUUCCGGGUCAGACUGUGGACAUUGAUGGUGAAGCUCAUUUUGUGCCCGGUAUCACAAAAACUACCAGCAAAAAUAAACUAGAGUUUGUUCCUGGUACCACUGUGGAAACAGUUGACGGGCCUAAGUUUAUCGAAGGACAAAUCGUUCAUACUAAUUGUGGAGAGAAGUUCAUGCCAGGAAAAACUAUUGUUCAAGCUGAUGGUAACGUUGAAUUUUCAGUUGCUAAAUCUAUUGAAGAUAUAACGUUUAGUGAAGGCGCCCCGGUAGGACUACCAAUCGAUAUAAGAACAUGUUCACUUUCUGAAGAAUCAUUGUACGUAUUUGGACAUAUGAUACAAACAUCGAAAGGAAUUGAAUUCUACCCAGGGCCAAGAGUACCGAAAUUAGACGGCAAAGUUGUGCCAGGAAGACUUGUGAAAAAUGAAGCCAAUGAGUCUCGCUUUGUCCCCGGAAUGAUGGUUGAAGGUAUUUUUGUGCCAGGGCAGAUAGUGUUCACAGAGAAUGGAGAACAAUUUGUUCCGGGUCAGGUUGUAGAUACAGCUGAUGGACCUAAAUUUGUACCUGGGCAGGUCGUAAAUACAAAGUCUGGACCUAAGUUUGUUCCUGGACAAACAAUUCACACAAUUGAUGGGCCUCGAUUUGUUCCUGGUCAAAUUAUUGAGACUAAAGCAGGCCCGACUUUCAUCCCGGGUCAAGUAAUUUCAACUGAAGAUGAGGGCUCAAGGUUUGUACCUGGUCAAGUGGUUGAUACAGAAGAAGGACCAAGGUUUGUACCAGGUAGAGUUAUUGAAACAGAUGAUAACGGUGUCACUUUUGUCCCAGGACAAAUAGUGCAAACACCUGAAGGAUUGAAAUUCGUUGCUCCUGAUCUAACAGAAGGUGAAGAAGGACUUGAAUUUUCGGUGCAAAGCUUUGUGGUUACGCCAGAAGAGUUAAAACUAUUAAAAGUGAAGACAAAUCCAAACGACACGACAUCUACCAAGGGAGAAUUAACUAUUGAUACAAAUAUGUUGCGUCAGUUAUCGGAAGCUGGUAUGUCCAUAGGCAGACAAGUACCGGCUGAACUACCGGCGAUUAAUGUUGUGUUAAAUCAAACAAGAAAUGCUGAAGCUUUAAAGGCGUUCGUAACAGAUUUUGGAUUAAAAGAUGAAGUAGCAAAUCAAUUAAUGGACGUCAUAACUUCUAUAAUAGAAAUGAGUGCUCAUUUAAAAACUGAAAUACGUGAAAACCAUAAUGCAGGAACACCAAACGAAACCAAAAAAGGAAAAGCCAGCAAGAAACGUUUAGAUAUGCAAGAGCAGACUGGUUACACCGGCGGUAAUGGUCAGACCGCGCAUCAAGAGCAUGUGAAAAACUCUAUUGCUGCUGCUGUGCUAGCUGCCUUAGUCACGGCUGAACAGUUCGAGGAAGUUAACAACAACAAUAGCAAGGAAAAGUAUCAGAUGAUUUUGAAGUCUAUUGAUUCUAUCUUAGGAAAAACUAUUGACGCAGAUCUUGUGUCCGCCAUGUUUAGUAUUCUUCAAACAGAAGAAGACAAGGAAAUUCUUCGUGAAGAAAUUCUUGAAAACACCUCCCAGCCGAAGGUUGAAUUGAUUAAAAUUGCCGUCAGUAGUGCCCUGAACAAACAUUCCUUAUCAGAAGAAGAUAUCAUUGAGAAAUUCGGUGAUUAUUUGAGCAGCGAGAACGAAGUGUUGGGUCCUGCAUUUAAAAACAUAUCAAAGUGUGACACAAAUCUUCUGCACCAUGUAUUGGGUCGCAUAUCAGAGUCUAUUUCAUUCGUCAAAAGUGACCACGAAGUCACAGAAACAUUACAAAAAGCUAUCGUGUGUGCCGUCCAAGAGGCCAGUAGCAAGGAAUUAGAAGAGCUUUUCCAAGACAAUAACAAGGAAAAUUUGAAAGAGUUGAUUAUUCAGUCUGUCGGUCUUGCAAAAAUAUUAGGAAUGAGGGAUGUCGCAUCCAACUUGUUAUCGUUUGUAAACGACGAAGAUAGUUUAUCUAAAAUUGCAAAUGACGCUACAAGUUUGAAUAUUUUGAAAAGACUGACUGUCAUGCGGAAGCUUGCUGACAAAACACCAAACUUGCACACCGCGCUUCAUAAAUUAGAGACAGAUCCAGGCCAAGCUCGCACAGAUCCUUACCUAAGGGAUUUGGUACGUGAGAGUGCUGCACUGAUGAUCGUUCCAGAGGAGACGCCCCUAAUGACUUCCGAGGACGUUCCACUUAACUUAUUAGACCCAGAGAACAGCCUGGCUAUGGAAGACUUUUUAUUCCAAAGAAGAAAACAGAAAGGGGCAUUCUUAAUCAUGAAAAAAGGUUUGCAAGCGGUUGUGCCUCGCGAAGCCAGUCGCGCUGUGCUAACGGGAGAAGUUGCAUACACAGUUCUCGAUGAAAAUGGACUCAGACACUUUGAACCCUUACACGUAUUUUCUGCAUUAAACCUUAGUAAACCAACAGCUCAUCGUUUCUCUAUGUACAGCUGCCCCAUUGUCGACGACGACGAUGAGGACUUGCAAUCCUUUACAGGAUACUGUAACAUUAGUAAUAACCAAAAAAUAACCAGACUCGGUGGAUGGUCGCGCAGAUACAGCGGGGUUUUGUUAGAAAGGGAAAAUACUAGAAGUCGAAUGAGUAGCUUGGAAACAACGCCAAGUUACAAACGAUACCCGUCUCGAUCUAUGUCUAGUUCUAGAUCUAGGUCUAGUUGUAGCAGGAGUCCGCCUAAGGUAGAAGACGUUGUGGUAGCAUCAGCUGAUUACUCAGCUGUUGCUGACGACGAAGUUUCGCUAAAAGCCGGCGAUAUUGUAGAGGUUCUCGACACCAAGUCAGCCCCCGGAUCUAAGAAGCGCGUCGACCCCGAGCUGGACAUCAAGGCUGAACUCUUGGACGCCUCUGCUGCUAAACACAAGAUCGCUGUUCGACCGAAGAAGAAUCAUCCGAAACGAAAGACUGUGACCUCCAAGACUGACGGUGAAGGAAGAUGGCUGGUGCGUGUGAUCGAGGACGUGCAGGGCGGCGAGCUGCGCACGCGCCAGGGAUACGUGCCGGCGCAGGUGCUGGAGGAGAAGCAGACCGCGGAGAGGGACCAGACCGCCUUGGCCGCCAGACGACAGGCCGUGGUACGAGAGCUAGUGGAGACAGAGGAGGAGUUUGGGCGUGACAUGCAGCAGGUGGUGUCCCGCUACAUGAAGCCCAUCGACAAGGCCAGCACCCCCAAGCUGGUGUUCGACAACCGAGAGCUUCUGUUCUCUAACUUCAGACAGAUCUGCGAGUUCCAUAAUACGGUACUGCUAGAAGGCAUAAAAUACUAUGCCAGUGAACCGAAGAUGCUUGGAAGGGCAUUGCUACGAAUGGAGCGUGAGUUCGACAAGCACGUCGCGUACUGCCGCGACGAGCCCAGGUCACAGCACCUGCUCGCCACCGAACCUGUCGUCAACAAAUACUUCCAGGUUAGUGUUAACUAAGCAAUGUUUUGAAAUACCAACAAUGUGUUUGUAGGAUAGAAAAAUAUGUUUAGAGUACAAAUCUUACUGUUAUUAGUCCUCAUCGUGUAUUAGCGUCAUCUGUAGUGUAGAUGAUAGUACUAUAAUGAUCAAAGUUAGCGCCAUCUAGAAUUUUGAACAUGUACUACAAGCUCGUAGCGUCCAACGCCAUCUGUUGAUAUAUUCUUAACCAGUACGACACAGUUUCCAAAGAUACUCACAGUGAUGAUCAAAAGAUGGCGUUAUGUGGCUAUCUGAAUGAGAAGUUGAAUCAUUGUCAUUGUUAGUUAUUCAUAUUACUUAUUAUGAUGUAGAUAGAAUUAGAAAGUUGAACAGAUACGGUACUUAAAUUCAAUCGAUAGUAUGACUUUAUUUUUUCAAGAAUAUUUUCUUUCUUGGCAUGAAUGUUUUCAUGAUGAGGUAUGCUUAGUCCUUAAUAUAGCUGAAUUACGACUCCGCCCAAACUUUUGAUCUGUAACCCCCAGCACUUUGAUGGCGUGAAGAUAGCCGGGGCGCCAACAGGCUCGAGCGUUAGGCACAGCGCC